GGAGGCUGGUCUUCCCCAGAUUUGAAAGCAUCACCUAUAGAUAAGAUCAGCCAGAGGGACCACUGACAUUUGUCAGCAUCUCAGUCUUUAAGAGAUCUGUAUCCAACUGCAUUUCCAGUCUUCAUGAUAGCUGAGAGCUGCCGCUGCUUUUUAAUACCUUUACUUUAUUUUAAAAAUAAAAAAUCCCAAACUCUGGAAACAAGAUGCCAACAGGAGCUGGACCAUCGCCAACAAAAAACACCAGAGCCUGCAAGAGGUCUAAAACUUUAAAACGCCACGCUAGCAUCUAUGCCUACCCAGAACCACCUGGAAGUAAUUCAGAUGAUGAUAAGGGAGACGAAAAGGUUGACAGCAAUGACCCAGAGCAGAUCUUCCAGAACAUACAGUUUCAGAAGGAGAUCAUGGCUAAUAUCUGUUGCAGACCGUGGCCCAUGCGGCAGAAACUCAGGGCACUAAGACAAGCUAAAGAAAUUGUGUUGAAGUAUGAAGGUCGGCUGACUCGGACAAGAGGCUACCAGGCAGCGGGAGCAGAGCUCUGGCGUAAAUUUGUUCGUCUUGCAUACAACUUUAUGGUCAUCUUUAUUCCAUGGGAAAUGAGAAUCAAGAAAAUUGAAAGUCAUUUUGGCUCUGGAGUUGCAUCUUACUUCAUUUUUUUGAGAUGGUUGUUUGGUAUCAAUAUUGUCCUCACCGUCAUGACAGGAGCCUUUGUUGUUUUACCAGAGAUCCUGGCUGGAGACCCUUUUGGAACUACUCCCAGCAAACGCAUCCCUGAUGAUCAACUUAAAUCAGCACAAGAUUUGGAUACCAUCUGGUCUUUGGGGGGUUAUCUUCAGUACUCGGUUUUAUUCUAUGGCUACUAUGGUCAGGCGAGGAAGAUUGGAACAGCUGGUUAUCGACUGCCACUUGCAUACUUUCUUGUUGGGAUGGCUGUCUUUGCAUACAGCUUCAUUAUCCUUUUAAAGAAGAUGGCUAAAAAUUCAAGAAUGAGCCUAGCAAGUGCUUCGGAUGAAAAUUAUACAUUUUGCUGGAGGGUGUUCUGUGCCUGGGAUUAUCUUAUUGGCAACCCAGAAGCUGCAGAGAGCAAAUCUGCUGCCAUAGUUAACAGCAUCAGGGAAGCUAUAUUGGAAGAACAAGAGAAGAAGAAAAGCACAAACGUGGCAGUGACAAUCAGUUUAAGGAUCAUUGCAAAUAUCCUUGUGCUUCUUUCGCUUGCUGGAAGCAUUUAUAUCAUUUACUUUGUGGUGGAUCGGUCCCAGAAGUUAGAGCGGAUGAAAAAGGAGCUGACUCUCUGGGAGAAAAAUGAAGUGAGUGUUGUUGUCUCACUCAUCACAAUGCUUGCCCCUUCUGCCUUUGAAUUAGUAGCUGCUUUGGAGAUGUACCAUCCGCGAACAACUUUACGCUUUCAGCUUGCCAGAGUUCUUGUCUUAUAUCUGGGAAAUCUCUACAGCUUAAUCAUUGCGCUUCUGGACAAAGUUGAUAGCAUGAGCGUCAUUGAAUCUGAAGUUCACAAAAAUGGAAACAGCACUUUGGAAGCCGCCAGAUUCUUAGCUACUCAAAUGGUUUUGGGAUACAACUUUUCUACAACUAUUCCCCAUAAGCAAACAAUGAACAGCACAUUUCAUUUUGUUGAGAACCGCACUCAUAGGAAUACUGUACCAGCUAUCCUGGAUAUGACAAACAACACAGCACCUUCUGAAUCCAGCACCCAGAGUCACCAGAGUCAAUGCUGGGAGACCUAUGUCGGUCAAGAAAUGUUGAAACUGUCCAUCAUUGAUAUGCUGUUCACGGUGGCAAGUAUCUUGUUGAUUGACUUCUUCCGCGGACUAUUUGUUCGAUACUUAAGUGAUUGUUGGUGCUGGGAUUUGGAAAGCAAGUUUCCAGAAUAUGGAGAAUUCAAAAUAGCGGAAAAUGUUUUGCAUUUGGUCUACAAUCAAGGGAUGAUUUGGAUGGGGGCAUUCUUUUCACCUUGCCUCCCAGCAUUCAAUGUUCUCAAACUGAUAGGACUUAUGUACCUCCGGAGCUGGGCAGUAUUAACAUGCAAUGUACCUCAUCAGCAAGUCUUUCGAGCGUCAAGAUCUAAUAACUUCUACUUGGCUAUGCUGCUCUUCAUGCUGUUCUUGUGCAUGCUCCCAACCAUAUUUGCAAUUGCCCGUUAUAAGCCAUCACUAAACUGUGGGCCAUUCAGUGGACAAGAAAAAAUAUAUGACAUUGUGUCUGAAACCAUCAAAGCCGACUUUCCUGUCUGGUUCAACAAAGUGAUGACUUACGUGAGCAGUCCUGUGGUGGUCCUACCAGCUUUAUUACUUCUCUUCAUGCUAAUUUAUUAUCUGCAGAGUAUUGCAAGAUCAUUAAAAUUCACAAACAAUCAACUAAGGAUGCAGAUUCAGAAUGAAAGAAUGGAAGACAAGAAAAAAGUGGUCCAAAUGGCAGCAGUGAGAAUCCAAACCACGGAAGAUAAUGACAAAAGACCAGAGCUGGAAAACAAUGGCCAGGAGUCUUCAAUUCGGUCCUCAACACCUGGGAAGAAUGGCAGUGUGGUGAAUUUUGAAUCUCCCAAAGGCAGGCAAAUACCAACAAUUUCUCAGUCUGUUCCACAACCUGAAAUACCAAAGCCAGUCAGCCCAACCCUAGGAAGUUCAACCUCAGUGGCUUCUGUACCUGUAGCUCCGAUACCCAUCACUCCUUCCCUUCCAACACCUUCUGUCCCAACUGGAGAGAAUUCCAGAACAGAAUCAGUUCCUAAAAGAUAUCCUAGUGUGCAUGGAAGUGCAAGUGACCUCUGCAGAGCCAAGGCUUACACCCCCAUAAAGUUCAAGAAACGUGUAGAUGUUCAUUCAGAACCCCUAUUUAGGAAGAGCAUUCGGCACAUAAACCCAGAAGCUCGCAGCGCUGCCCGAGUUCCUUCUUUUGCAGGCCACAGAGCCCACACAGCCAGGUAUUUUAUAGUCAAUGAGCAUGAGCCACCCAUGAAAAUCUUCCGCUCAAACACACGGGUGCCAAAGAAUUAUCGAAUGGAUGAGUCUGGCAAUGUAGUGGAGGUGUAUCCAAGAAACCUGCGAAGAUACAUGGUUCGGACACCACAUAGAGUAUACUCAACACAUUUUAGUGAUGAUGAAGAAGAGGAUGAGUUAAGGAGAUCUAUGGCCAAUAGAUCUCAUCGUCCACGGUCGCUCUCUGAUCUCCGAGCAGCACCUCGCUUCUACAUUGGUGAGUGUGCUGACAGCCAAAUUCUUAACAACAAGGCCCUGGCAAAAAUGCACCACAAAUCUUGGGAAGAUGGCUUUGGGCUUGCAUUUGAUCAACCCCCACAUACCCAUAGAAAGAUUCUCAUGAAGAAUAUUGAUCUGGAUCAGCCCUACCCAGAACGCCACAUGAAACCUAAGUCCAAACACAAGCCUGAACCAUCUCCAACUGAGUCAGACUCUAUUUCUAGUAGUGACCAGCCAAAUUGCAAUGAUCAGUAUAUCCAGGUCAUUCACAGUAAAGUGAAGUAUCCAUCUGGGGGGAAAUUAAUAAGGAAGAAAUCCAAGACUGCUGUUGAUUUAAAUGUGGCUGAAGCUAAUGAACUGAUAUGCUCAAAUGUCUAGCUAGGCAGAGAAAGCUUCAUCAUAACAGAAUUAUGGUUAGCCUUUACUUAUGGUUAGCCUUGUUUGUAAAUUCAUUAGCCUAAAGAAGCUAUUGCACUGCAUUUCAGAAAAAUUGUGAGGUGUGUGUGUUGGGGGGGGGGAUCUUUGCAUGUACUAAGUAAAUUUCUCUCUAGUGGGACAUGAUAGGUUGAAUUAUACUGCUGUAAUCCAUUGGAAAGACAGAUGUUAAAACACCUUUCAAACUAUCUGCAAAUAUAUGGUGACUGAAAUACCUAUUUCGUAAUAAAUUGUGGCUAAUACAACUAUUUGCCUCACCUUGCUGGCUACCAAAAAGAGAAGAGCAGAAGAUAGGAUGACAUGAUUGCAUUCUUAAAAGGACUAUCACAGAGACGAGGGUGCAGCUUAUUUUUCCUGCUGCCCCAGAAGGUAGGACAGGGUCUAAAAAUUUUAAGUUAAGGAGGGUAGAUUUUGAUUGGACAUUAGAAGGAGUCUCUUGAGGGUAAGAGUGGUUUAGCAACAGAACCAAUUAUCUAAAGAGGUGGUGGACAUGAUCCAUUAUCUACAGUGGACAUGCUCAAAAGGAGACUGGAUAUCUACCUGCAGGAGACAGCUGGAAUUCCUGCAUUGGGAGAGAGGUUGGACUUCUAUGGGACUUAAUCAGACUUUAUGAUUCUAUAAUUCUGUGUCCUGCAUUUGGACACUGCAAAUGGCUACUGAUUUUGAUUCAGUAGCAAUUGCUACAUACUAGAAAUGGGCCAAUAGGGUUUCACUUGACUGUAUAACUAUCGCAGUUGCUUGUGUAAAGACUAGGCUAUUUUUAAACUGUCAUCCUAUUUGUCAAUUCAGUGUAUGUUACAUGAUUGCACAUUGAUUCUGUGUGGAAUU